GGCAUUUCUGGUUGACUUUCCCCUGUAGGCUAUAUAGCUAGCAAACAUCAGCAGAGUAACGAAGACUGGAAGAAGGCAGCGGGAAGUUGUUUGUUUCGUUGCGCGUUCUUGUUCUUUAACAAUUAACAUGGAUAAACGGGCAGUAUCUCUAUGGCUAAUAGCAGUACUCAUCUUCGUUGUGCUCAUGAUCGUUACUCCUGCUAUUCCUCAAUCUCAAGAAUACCACAAUUUUGCUGAUCAACGACAAUUUUUAGGGAUCCCCAACAUGCUCAAUGUCAUUUCCAACAUCCCUUUUCUAGUUAUUGGUCUGGUAGGUCUGGUACUUUGUCACUAUGGAAACUAUUUUAAACUGAGUCUGCAAGGUGAAGUCUGGGGUUGGACCUGUUUCUAUAUUGGUGUUGCAGCCGUUGGCAUUGGGUCUUCAUAUUAUCAUCUCCAACCUGAUGAUGCUCGUCUUGUGUGGGAUCGCUUACCAAUGACUGUUGCAUUCACGUCACUUGUUGCGAUUUUUAUUAUCGAGAGGAUUGAUGAGCAGAAGGGGACUGCAUCUGUUAUACCUCUGCUUUUAGCAGGCAUUAUUAGCAUUAUGUAUUGGCGGUUUUUUGAUGAUCUUCGCCCCUAUGCAGUUGUGCAGUUUGUGCCUUGCAUAGCCUUGCCAAUGAUGGCUAUUUUGUUGCCCCCCAUGUACACUCAUUCCACUUAUUGGCUUUGGGCUGCAGUUUUCUAUCUGCUUGCAAAGAUAGAAGAAGCAGCAGAUAAACCUAUUUAUGAGUUGACUCAUCAUAUUGUAAGUGGGCACACUCUGAAGCAUUUAUCUGCUGCAGUUGUCCCAGUUCUCCUAACACUCAUGCUUGCAAAGAGAACCAUUGAAACAGAGAGGGUGAGUUUGCUCGCUGGUUGGAGAAUUUCGUGGACUAAGGAAAGGAGAGAUAAGAUCAGGGUUGAGAGUUGCGAAUACGAUGUUGUAUCCAGUCAAGAAUGAUACUGGAUCUUUUCAUGGUGGGCAGAACAGAUAGCUGUAUAAUCUCAAUAGAUAUUGUAUAUACUUUUGUGAUUAAAAAGGCUGAUUGGCGUUUUAAAAGGGUUAAAAAAAAAUAAAAAAUUCUUCUUGAUCCAUA